AUGCCUCGCAUCAAGCCCUGGCUGACCUUCACCGAGUGGGGCAAGAAGUAUGGUGAUAUCUCGCAUGUAGAGGUUCUGGGCCAGCACAUCAUCGUGCUGAAUUCUGUCAAGACUGCGAUGGAAAUGCUGGACAAGAAGAGUACUAUAUACUCUGACCAUCCUGUCCUUCCGAUGUGCAGUGAACUUGUUGGCUGGAAUCUCACUUUGGGUCUUCUCCCUUAUGGCGACCGUUUUCGCUGGUACAAGAACUUCCACCGCGUCAUUGGCAGUCGCGCCGCCGUGGAUAUCUACAACCCGAUAGAGGAGAUUGAGACUCGUCGAUUUCUGAAGCGUGUACUUAUGACACCCGACCAACUCCAGGCACAUGUUCGACACACCGCUGGCGCUAUCAUUCUGCGAAUUUCUCAUGGUUAUGAAGUGAAGGAGAACGACGAUCCCUUCAUCAACCUUGCAGACCGCGCUAUGGACCAGGCAUCGCGUUCCAGUGCUCCUGGUGCCUUCUUGGUUGACACCAUGCCAUUUUUGGCCAGGGUCCCCGAGUGGUUCCCUGGUGCUGGAUUCAAGCGCUUAGCUCGUGAAUGGUACGAGACCCGCGAACAGAUGGGUACUGCACCCUACCAGUUCGUCAAGGAUCAGAUAGCUGCUGGAAUUGCCCCAGUGUCUUUCACCUCGAAUCUGUUGGAAGGUCGUGUUUUAUCUGCGGAAGGGGAUAAUCUGGCGAUGUGGGCUUUUGCAUCCCUAUACGCUGGUGGUGCCGACACGACGGUUUCUGCAAUCUACUCGCUUUUCCUAGCCAUGACGCUCUUCCUGGAUGCGCAGAAGAAGGCUCAGGCUGAAAUAGAUCUUGUUGUCGGUCCCGAUCGCCUUCCCUCUUUCGUUGAUCGCGAAUCUCUCCCAUACACUGAAGCGCUUGCGAAAGAAGUCUUGCGCUGGAAUACCGUAAUCCCAACUGCUAUCCCCCAUCGUGUUACUGAGAACGAUAUACAUGAUGGGUACUACAUUCCAAAAGGUUCCUUGGUCAUACCUAACAUUUGGUUCAUGCUCAACAAUCCACAAACAUAUGCUGACCCCUCGCAAUUCAAUCCUGAACGCUUCUUGGCCAAGGAUGGAAAGGAAGUUGAAAUGGAUCCUCGCACGGUCUGCUUUGGCUUUGGCAGACGUAUUUGCCCAGCUCUCCAUCUCGCUGAUGCCUCAGUUUGGAAUCUUUGGAUAUCUACCGCGAUGUCACUCGCAGUUUUUGAUAUCUCCAAGGCCAUCGAGAACGGUGUUGAGAUUACCCCCGAGCUUGACCACUCAUCGGGCACGAUCUGGUAUGUCCCACCCCAAGCCCUUAAGUGCUCUAUUAAGCCUCGCUCUGCGAAAGCCAUUGCGCUCAUUUAG